AUGGUAGGCACCUGGUCGAUUUCUCCUCUCAAGCAGGAUAGAUUUGUUCUUCUUCUGGUUCAAUGUCGAGGCUUCUGGUAUUCUGCUUUGUCUACUGGAAUUCCUUCUGUUCUCCAAACUAUCUGGAAUUGUUGGAUGUUUAUCUGUCUCUGGAGAUCUUGCACUGGACAUUCAUCUGGCUGCUCAUACUUCAUGGCACCUAGCAUUUCAACAGGAUCACUCGCUGGCUUAUCUUCUGCAGGUUCAAGAGAUCGUGGAUAUUCAUCUUUUCACUGGGGAUGUGCCCCAGAUACAGAGACUUUCAGUUCUUUGGCUUACCCAGCUGGAACUCUUCCAGCUCUGCUCUGCCUUUACUUCAUUCUCCCAGCUCAGCUAGAAUGCUCUCAGCUCAAUUUUUCUGCUUGGACUGCUCGAAGCUCACCUCCUAGCUUGGAUAAAAUUCCAGCUUCAUCUUCUUUCAAGGCAGUCAUCCCCUUCAGCUCAUUACUGCAACUCUCAGCUCAUGUCAAGCUACUCUUGCUGCUUGUACACGCAGCUCUAAGCUCAUGCUGCUCAUGA